AUGCCCGCCGCCCGUGCAAAGAAGGAGAACGAUUCCGGUUCGGACGAGGCGCCUACCAGUACCAAGGAACAGUCUCAAGUAAAACGAAAGAGACAAUCUCAAAGCAAGUCGAUUUCCCUCUUUCGCCUCACUCGCCGCCGGGAUCUGCGCUUCUGUGCGGUCUCUGGACAUCGCGUCGCCAUUCUCGUCGCCACGGCCCGAUCUGUAGAACGGUACGCUAACCUACUCCCGCCCCCACAGGCUGCGACGCCUGCCGAGCGCGCAAGGUACCUGAGGCGCUUGCAGGAGGCGGCAGCCGCUGCAGCAGCAGCUCAGCAGGAGUCUGGAGGAGGCCAGGAUCCGUCCGCGUCGCCCAUUUCGGCAACCACGACCCGCAGCCCGACUUUGACCACGACAGUGCAAAAGUCGCCAUCUGUGUCUACGAAUGUGCCAAGUUUUCUCGAACAGUCUAUCACGAACGGCGGCUCCCUCGCCUCUGGCCUCUCGUCUUCUCUGAACUCAGCCCACUUUGCCUUGCCGACAGACACUUUCCAAGUGCCAUCCCAUCAUAGCCCUGGUUAUGGCAGCUCCGAUGGACGCCCGAAGGAGUCGGAUCCUUUCUUCGUACCACCUUCCGAUUCCUUCAGCACAUACCCACUCUACAAUUGGGCUUACCGGCAGCAAUCUCUACCUCAGUCAUCUCCACUACCGGCUCUCUCCGCAUUCUACCGCUCCCAUCGACUCGAAGAUAUUGCGCCACGAGACACGAUCAUGCUGAUUAUCGCCCUGUUCUUUGACUUUGUCUACCCUCUCACGCCUUGCGUGCACAAGCCAAGCUUCAUGGCAGAUAUUCACGCACGACGAGAGGAGCGUGACCCAUUAUUCUUUGCCCUGGCGAUGAGCUUGGUCGCCAGCACGCUCGUUCAGCUGCCUCGGGCGUACUUGCCCAUGGAGCGGCACGCUGUCCGCAAGCUCGCCCAGACUUGCCAUGAAGCCAGCAGGCACAUAUCGGUCGUAUCUUAUGACCCUCCAACCUCCAUGCACGUCGUGAUCAGAUACUUUGACUGCGUUUACCAUUUCUGUGAAGGUCACGAUGCGACACAACAUGCCGCCUUCGGUGAGGCCGCCCACAUCGCUGUCACUCUGCGCAUGCAUGAGGAGUCUUCAUACGAAGGACUGGAUCUCAUCGAAUGCGAGGUCCGGCGGCGGACCUUCUGGCUCCUCUUUGGUGCCGACAAGUCAAUGAGCAUCUUGCUCGGGCGCCCAAUCUGUCUGCGUGACGAGGACUGUACGGUUCACUUUCCCAAGGAAGUGGACGAUGAGUACAUCACGCCGAGUGCGUACCUCCCACAGCCGCACGGAAAGACGUCGCUUGUCUCCGGUCUCAACUUCAUCACACGCAUCUUCGCUUUACUCGGCGAGAUCCUCGUCCGGAUUCGCGUUGACAAGCGCUCGCCACCACAAGGGCAAUAUGCGACCGCACGGCUGGAGGAAGUGCAACAGUUGCAUGCUCGGAUUCUCAGCGUGCUCCAACAUGCCCCCGAGCAGCUGCGUCUGAAGCAGUCGGCACCAACUCCCACUGCGAUGCCUGGCGACCCUCUAGGGUUGGGCACAGGAUUCCGUCAGGCUACCUUUGCGGAAGUCAAGGACUUCUUCGACAACCCGCACGCCAGCCGCGCGAACGCCCUCAACCCUUUCUUGGUGUUGCAAGCCAACCUUUAUGUGACUCAGCAGCUCGUUCGCUUCGUCAUCGAGCAAUACCGGGACGAGCUCAUCGUCUCCCUUCGCGGUGGCAUCGACGAGCAGCGGGUUGCGGACGAUCGCGAGGCUGUGGCGAGCGACUUGCUCAACAUCUUGCACAACAUCCCGAUCCAGAGUAUCGCCACCAACGGUCCCUCGCUCGUGCACAAAGUUCGCUUCGUCGCCAGCACAUUGCUCGAUGCUGUACGCAAGGCUGAGACGGCGCCCGCGAGCGCUGCGCGUGCACACGCUUUCCUUUGGGACUUCCUAUCCAUCUUGUCGGAGAUCGAGCGUAACUACCUUCUCGAUGACGAGCGCGACGGCACGUCAAGCGCAGAUGGGAACCAGAUGAUGCUCUCUAGCUGA